AUGGCUUUCUCCAAGUACAUUGUCCCUGCCUUGAUGGCCUCUGGCGCCGCCUACGCUUCCUCCAGCAGCUGCGGUAAAUCCGGCUCUGUCACCAACAUCACCGCCCAGGCCGAUGCCGAUGCCCUUUCCAGCUGCACUACUGUCGAGGGUGACGUUGCAAUUCUUUCCCAGGCUGCCAACGGCAUCACAUUCAACGGUGUCCAGGAGAUCACUGGUAGCUUGACUGCUGCCGGUGCCACCAACGUGACCUUGAUCGCUGCUCCUGACCUGACUUCCAUUGGCAAUGAGUUUUCCUUGUCCAGCAUCAUUCUGUUGACCACGCUCAACUUCCCUGAGCUCACCUCUGUUGGCUCCAUCAACUUCCAGGCUCUUCCCAACUUGCAGGCUUUGACCUUCACCAAGGGUGUCAGCAAGGCCGGCAGUGUCAGCAUCACCAACACCGGUUUGACUUCCUUGUCUGGUAUUGAGCUCACCUCCGUUGGUGACUUCGACUUGACUGCCAACACCGCUUUGAGCACCAUCAACGUCAACGACAUCAAGAACAUCACUGGUACCUUGAUCAUCUCUGCCAACAAAAACUCGCUGAGCAUUGAGUUCCCCAACUUGGUCUCUGCCCAGAACUUGACCUUCCGUAACACCAGCUCCAUCUCCGUCCCCUCUUUGGCCAACCUCACUGGUGAGCUGGGUCUUUUCGGCAACUACUUUUCCAACUUCUCGGCCCCCAAUUUGACCACCUGCGCCGACUUGGACUUUGAUGGUAACGCCGACUUGACCGAGAUCAACUUGCCUCUGCUUUCCUCCUUGACUGGUGGCCUCGCCAUCUCCAACAACGACAAGCUCGACACCAUCUCCUUCCCCAAGCUUUCCAAGGUUCAGGGUGCUAUUGAUCUUACUGGAGACUACACCAACGUGAGCUUGCCUGCCCUUACUGAGGUCAAGGGUGGAUUCAACGCCGAGUCUACCGGUAACUUCUCUUGCAGCGCCUUCGACAGCCUCCGCUCCAACAACGUCAUCCAGGGUACCUACAACUGCACCCAGACUUCCAACCCCACCACCAUGGAUGGCGGCUCUGGCAGCUCUUCCUCCACCAGCUCUUCCGCUUCCCACACCUCCAGCGGUGCUGCUGUUGCCAACAUGGCCGUUCCCUCGAUGGGCGUCACCGCGGUCUUGGGUGCUCUCUUGUCUCUCUUGAUGUAA